AUGAGGCCGGCACCAACAAGUGUUUCCAGGCCCUCGUCGACGUCGACGACUUCGCCGGCAGCACCACCGCCACCAUUGGCGGCCGCGGCAGUGGCGGCCUCGCCGUGGCACUCGCCGGUGCCGUACCUGUUCGGCGGGCUGGCCGCCAUGCUGGGCCUCAUCACGCUGGCGCUCCUCAUCCUUGCCUGCUCCGCCUACUGGAAGCUCAACAACUACCUAGGCACCGGCCGCGAGGCCACCACCUCCGGACCCGGAGCCACGGAUGGCGACGACGACGGCUCCAAGUCGCCGGCCGCGGCCUCUCCCGCGACGUUCGCCGACCUCGUCGCCGUCGUCAUGGCCGGGGAGAAGAUGCCCACGUUCUUGGCCGCGCCGAUCGUCCGCCGAGCGCACGGUAACAGCGCCGCCGCCACAACCACCGGAGAAGGGUCGCUGGAGACGAAGGAGGAGGAGCAGGAGGGCCGCGGCAAAGCAGGGGAGGGGGAGAGCGGUGUGGUCGCCGACGCCGAACGGGGACGGCAGCUAGAUCAGGUGUGA